AUGCAUCGAGCACACCAGGUAGUGAACGGUUUGGUUCCAUUCCUCCCUCGCGCCGCUGGAAACAAGAGGUUCGCAGUAUGGCUUCGCCAGAGCUCCACUACCAGCAGCUCGAAUCCUAACCAACCAACUGGACCCAGGAAGUAUGCCACUGCUUCUGCCGUCAAAGAAGAACCUUUCCUCAAUGGAUCUUCUUCCACCUACAUCGAGGAAAUGUACGCUUCUUGGCAAACUGAUCCGCACAGUGUUCAUAAGUCGUGGGAUGUGUUCUUCCGAGCCAGCUCGGCAGGAGCUGCGCCUGGAGAGGCUUACACUAGACCUCCUACUCUGGCUCAACCUGAAGUAAGAAGUCUGGUCCCCGCUACAUCUCCUGUAACUAGUGGUGCGCUCUUCGGUUCCCAGGUAUCGGAAAGGGUCAUUGAUGACCAUCUUGCAGUGCAAGCUAUCGUCAGGAGUUUUCAGAUCCGAGGACACCACGUUGCUCAAUUGGAUCCGUUGGGAAUCUCAUCAGCUGAUUUAGAUGAAAGUAAUGCAGCACAACUUGUAUACAAUGAUUACUACUUUAAUGAUGCUGACAUGGAUCGAGUUUUCAAACUCCCCUCGACAACUUUUAUCGGAGGAAAGGAAAGAUCCCUAAAGCUGAGGGAUAUUUUAAAAAGGCUUCAGGAUGUCUAUUGCAGGCAUAUAGGGGUUGAGUAUAUGUUCAUAAACUCAUUAGAACAGUGUAAUUGGAUCAGGAAGAAGAUGGAGCCUCCCGGGAUCAUGAACCUUGACGCUAACCAGAAAAGACUGAUUUUAGCUAGGCUCACACGUGCCAGUGGAUUUGAAGCUUUCCUUGCUCGUAAAUGGUCUAGUGAGAAACGAUUUGGUCUAGAAGGCGUUGAGGUUUUGAUUCCUGCCAUGAAACAAAUUGUUGACAAAUCGUCGGAGUUAGGUGUUGAAUACAUCGUGAUGGGCAUGCCUCAUCGUGGAAGACUGAAUAUAUUGGUCAAUGUAUGUCGGAAACCUCUUGAGCAAAUUUUUACUCAGUUUGCUGCUUUAGAAUCUGCUUAUGAUGGUCCUGGAGAUGUUAAGUACCACAUUGGCACAUAUAUAGAAAGACUGAACCGUGUUACUAACAAGAAUAUCAAGCUUGCUGUUGUGGCAAACCCUUCACAUUUAGAGGCCGUAGAUCCAAUCGUCCAAGGCAAGACGAGGGCUGAACAAUUUUAUCGAGGAGAUCGAGAUGGAAAGAAGGUCAUGUCAAUCCUACUUCAUGGUGAUGCUGCUUUUUGUGGUCAAGGAGUUGUAUUUGAAACUUUCCAUCUUUCUGAUCUACCAGACUAUACCACCCAUGGUACCAUCCAUAUUGUUGUUAACAAUCAGAUUGGUUUCACAACUGAUCCACGACAUUCCAGAUCGUCUAUAAACUGCACAGAUGUUGCUCGUGUUGUUAAUGCGCCAAUUUUCCACGUCAAUGCUGACGACCCCGAGGCUGUGAUGCAUGUUUGUAACGUUGCUGCUGAAUGGAGGAAUACAUUCCACAAGGAUGUUGUAAUUGAUCUGGUAUGCUACAGACGAAAUGGACACAAUGAAGCUGAUGAGCCUAUGUUUACUCAGCCUCUGAUGUAUCAAAUUAUUAAAAGACAGAGACCUGUUACUGAAAAGUAUACCGAGAAACUUCUUUCUGAAGGUAUAGUCAGUGAAGAAGAAGUGAAUGAUCUCAAAGCCAAAUAUGAAAAAAUUUGUCAAGAUGCUUUCGACAAGGCCCAGAAAGAGACUCACGUUAAGUUCAAAGAUUGGUUGGAUUCGCCUUGGACUGGUUUUUUCGAAGGUAAAGAUCCUUUGAAGGUUUCUCCUACUGGAGUCAAAGAAGAAACCCUACUCCAUAUUGGCAAACGUUUUGCUUCUCCACCUCCCAAUGCUGCUGAAUUUGUUGUACAUAAAGGUAUUGAACGGAUUUUAAGAAAUAGAAUGGCCAUGGUGGAGGCAAGGACUGUUGACUACGCUCUAGCUGAGGCGAUGGCUUUUGGUUCACUCCUUAAAGAAGGUAUCCAUGUGCGUCUAUCUGGGCAGGAUGUUGAAAGAGGAACCUUUUCCCAACGCCAUCAUGUACUUCAUCAUCAAAAUGUUGACAAAGCUACUUACAGGCCCCUUUGCCAUCUUUACCCUGACCAAGCUCAAUACUCUGUCUGUAACAGCUCUUUAUCGGAAUAUGCAGUAUUAGGUUUUGAGGUUGGAUUUUCCAUGACGAAUCCUAAUGCUUUGGUCAUUUGGGAAGCACAAUAUGGCGACUUCAAUAAUGUAGCUCAGUGUAUUUUUGAUCAAUUCAUUUCUGCAGGCCAGGCUAAAUGGGUCAGACAGUCAGGACUUGUGGUGCUACUGCCUCAUGGAUUAGAGGGAAUGGGCCCAGAACACUCAUCUGCCCGGGUGGAGCGUUUCCUACAAAUGUGUGCCGAUGAUCCAGACUACUUCCCACCUGAAUCUGAUGAGUUUGUGGUUCGACAGCUGCACGAUAUCAAUUGGAUCAUCGCCAACUGUUCGACACCUGCUAAUUAUUUCCAUAUCCUCAGAAGGCAAACAGCACUUCCAUUCCGUAAGCCUCUCAUACUCAUGGCACCAAAAUCACUUUUAAGACACCCCGAAGCAAAGUCAUCUUUCGAUAUGAUGACUGAAAAUAGUCAGUUUCUUAGGAUAAUACCCGAUGAAGGUCCUGCUGGUCAGAAUCCAUCAUCUGUGAAAAGAGUCGUAUUUUGUACUGGAAAAGUUUACUAUGAUCUUAAAAGGUCCAGAAGUGAGCGUAAAGUGGAUAAAGAUAUAGCUCUUGUGCGCGUUGAACAAAUAUCGCCGUUCCCGUAUGACUUAGUAAAGGCAUUGUGUGCCAAGUACCCAAGUGCCGAGCUCGUCUGGGCACAGGAAGAACACAAGAAUCAAGGUGCUUGGUCCUACGUUGCUCCGAGGUUCGCUACAGCUCUCAAUAAAAAUAGGCCUGUUCGGUAUGCUGGAAGGCAAACAUCACCAUCCCCUGCUACAGGUAGCAAGAUUACUCACAUCAGAGAACUCAACCAACUCCUAGAUGAAGCACUUCAUCUUUGA